UACUUGCGCCGUCGCCGCAAUGAACCCUCUGUGUGCUUAUCUCGGGUACCUUUUCGUCAACUACUGUCUCAACGACAAGGUUCAAAAUGAACCCAUCAAACCCGUCAAGAACCAAACGUUCCAGUUGGAGUACCAGUGGCACUACGUUAACUUCACGUGGCCCACGUAUGAAGACUACAAGAAGGCUGUGAUCAAGCGGAAGUACAUCCCGGAAAAUGUUGCCAUCACCGGAAUCAAGUACCACAAAGGGGACCUCUACCUGGCUUUACCGCAAAUCCGGAAAGGAGUUCCYGUGACUCUGGGSAAAAUCUCGACCGAAUCCGGGCCCAAAACCAACCCAUUGGUGCACCCAUACCCCAGUUGGGACCACCAGCCCCGGAGUAAAGACUGCACGACCUUGCAAAGCGUCCAGAAUAUGGAAAUCGACAAAAAUGGGAUCAUGUGGGUCCUUGAUGGGUUCCGGAUCAACAACAACACCAGAUGCCCCCCGAAAUUGGUCCUUUUCGACUUAAACAACGACGGGAAAGAAAUCCUCUCGUACAUUUUUCCCAAAGAUAUUUGCUCGAGUCAAGGGGGCCACCUCAAAGACAUCGUGAUUGACAGUACCAACGAAGAGUUCGCGUACAUCACCGAUAAUAGUUUCCUCGAUCCGGGCCUGAUUGUGUACUCCAAGGGCCAAAACCGGGCCUGGAAACUCCGGGACCGGACCAUGUUUGACGAAGAGGACGCCUCCGGAUUCAUUGUCGGUAAUUUGACUUACAAAGGAUUGGCACCUUUGGACGGAAUUGCCCUCUCGCCCAUACUCCCCAAGACCCGGAAUCGCCUCUUGUUCUACUCUCCCCUAGCCGGGAUGAAUCUCUACGCCAUCAAAACCAAAGUCUUGAAGAGUGAAAGAUUGAUCAACAGCGGUGAUUGGAGGAGGGCCAUCAAGGUUGUCGGAAAAAAACAAAGUCAGAGUGAUGGCUUGAUUAUGGACAACAAGGGGAAUCUCUACUACACCCUCCCACCCUUGUACGGGGUGGGAAAAUGGAACAUGCAUGAGGAGUUUUCCACGGCGAAAAUCAUGGCCGAGGACAAAAACAUGCUCUGGACGGGGAGUUUCGCAUUCGACGAUUUUGGAAAUUUGAGGUUGUUGACCAACAACAUAAACAAAUACAUGGACGCAAAUUUCCCCCUGAAAUUGAGCCAAGAAGUCAUGUUCAAAAUUUUCAAGUAUUUCACGGGGACGAAGAGCUAUCUAGAAUAAGUAUUUAUUGUGAUUUUUGUUGAUUCGUUAUAAUUAGGUUUAGAUCCACUACACAAAGAGUAGGUAGGUUGAGACACUUUCAAGUCAUUUUUUUAAUAAAUUUAUGUAUAUUUGAUUGCCAAAUAUAAGUUUAUUUUCAUA